CGUCAGUUUCCGCGGGAAAUGUCGAGUUAGUGGAGCGUGUCUGUGCUUGCGGCGAGCUUACGGGAUUUGCACUGGGAUGAUAACAGAUAUAAGUAGAGCAGCCGCGAUGCGUGCCCCGAGUGUGUAGUGUGUAGUGUCGAGUGAGUGACAGUAGUGUAGUGACAAUGAUUGGGACACUGGUGGUGCUGCUGAGUGUGGCGGUCGGCCUGGCUGCAGGUUGCAACUUCUACCCGGCUGGCGAGUACCUGAAGUUCGUGCGCAUCCCGGAGAACCUGCGCGUCGGCGAGGAGGUGCUGCAGGUCGAGGUGCACCCCAGGGGCAGUCUCUCCCUACAACCAGUAGACAGUGAGGAGGACGCGGCGCUGUUCACGUACCGCGACGUGAACAGCACGCACGUGGCGGUGGUGCUCGCCGCCAGCGUCGACUCCCUGGUAGACGGGGACUCGCCGCAGAAUGUGCUGAAGUUCCGCCUGCAUUGUGACUCCGAGGCGGGGGAUGAGCAGGUGUCGGCGUACCUAUCGGUGACUGUGUACGUGGAGGAUGUCAACGACAACGCGCCGCAGUUCGUCGAUACGCCGUACCGAGUCGCUGUUGAUGAGCUCACACCCACAGGUCUAACGAUCUUCAAGGGUAUCCGCGCGGUGGACCGGGACAAGCCGAACACCCCCAACUCGGACGUCCAGUACAGCAUCAGCGCGGGCAACGACGGCCGCUUCGCGCUGGAGAGCUCGCACAAGCCCGCGCUCCUGCUCGCCAAGCCGCUCGACUAUGACAGCGGGGAUAAAGAGUUCUUCCUCACUGUCACUGCUUCGGACCGCGGCUCGCCACCGCGCAGCACCAACAUAACCGUCCACAUCAUGGUGCAGGACAACGACGACCUGCCGCCCAAGUUCACGCGCGACGUCUACCGCACCAGGAUACCGGAGUUCUACCCGCUCGUGGGCAAGAGAAUCCACCAGGAGCUGAUAUUCGAGCAGCCGAUCCGCGCGUUCGACCAGGACGCGGGCGUGGCGGCGCCGGUACGCUACGAGCUGAUCUCCGGCAACGAGCGCCGUCUGUUCCUGCUCAGCGCGCUCAACGCCAGCCUGUUCCUGGAGAAGGAGAUAGACCUGGACGCGGAGCCGACACUGCCAGGAAACUCCUACGUGCUACAAGUCCAAGCAUCGCAGGUAGAUAACCCACUGAAAACAGCACUCGCUCGAAUUGAAGUCGAGGUGAUGGAUCUGAAUGAUAACUUACCCGAAUUCGAAGUGGACUUCUACAACAUUAGCAUCGUAGAGAAUUUGCCCAAUGGUUUCAGUGUGCUGCAAGUGAUGGCAACAGAUAAGGAUCAAGGUGAAAAUGGCGAAUUCACCUACCAGUUAAGCGACUCCAAGGGCGCCUUCUCCAUCGAUCCUAGAACUGGCUGGCUUACAGUUAGGAAUCAGUCGGAGUUAGACAGAGAACAACAUUCGUCUCUGCGUAUGAAGGUUUUUGCGAAUGAAAAGAAACCGAGUGUAGUUGGAACAUUUUUAGACAAGCAACGAUUAUCAAAACUACGGCGAAAUCCCACGUCUAAUUUGCAGAAUAUGAAAGACAAAACAACUUACGUUUUUCCUGAUAAGAUCGGAUCUAAUAGAGAAAAUAUCGAAUAUUUUGAAGACAUUAAUCAAUUAAUGUCUUUUGUAACUGUUGAAGUAACGUUGCUAGAUGCUAACGAUAAUAAUCCAAUAUUCGUUCCUAGCAAUUUGUAUGAAUUUGCCGUAAAAUCAAACGCAAAAGUUGGAACUGAAAUCGGAAAAGUCAAAGCUGUUGACCCAGACCUAGGAAGGAAUGGUCUUGUUUUGUACGAUCUACAAAGAACGUCCAAUUUAACAAUAACAUCUCCUUUUCAAGUUGACGUAAAAACUGGAGUCAUAACGUUAGCAGAAUCCCCGGUAAUUGAAGGAAGACAUGCAUUGUUUAUAGAAGCUUCAGAUCAGCCGACGAACCCAAGCGAACGCAGAUAUUCUCUAGCUGUUGUUACUAUCGAUGUGUUUGGUUCAAAAGGUUCCAGGUCAGACAGACCUGACUUUAUAGGUGCGCCGUACGAAUUCUGGGUUGGAUCCAAUGUUGGUAUCGGCACUAGCGUAGGACAAAUAAAAGUAAAUGAUGCAAUGGAAAAAACGGAUGUUACUUACGAUUUAUUACACGGCUAUGAAGAGGGAGUCCCAUUCGCUGUUGAAGAGAGAUCUGGUGUGAUCACUGUAAUAGAUUCCUUGGAUAAAUUUGAACGACCACUUUAUGAUUUUGAAGCAGUUGCUAUACAAGAGAAACACAAUGUAACAUUAACAACAAAUGCAACUGUACACGUUGUCGACGUAAAUGAUGAAAGAGGAAUUUUCUUGAAAGGAAAACACGCACCUUUGGUGUUCCACGUAAAGGAAAAUGUAGCUGGUGCUACAAUUGGCCAAAUAUUCAACUUGAGUAUGAGUUCUGUGUCUGUCAAUAAUUCCCGCAAUUUUCGAUUUAUUAUUGCAAAUCAACAAGACGUAUCUGAUGAAAUUGCAAUAGGACAAGAUGGGACCAUAUUUGCUCAAAAACCAUUGGAUAGAGAACGCAAGUCAACUUAUCAUAUAACCGUGAUUGCUGAAUUUAAUAAAGGAGUAAUAUCAGGAGCGGGUCUUUAUCAAAUUACAAUUCACGUCGACGAUGACAACGAUAACGCUCCAAUAUUUGAAUUUCCGCUCUAUGAAGGUGUUAUAAAUGAAAAUGCACCUAAAGGAACAGAAGUUAAAAUGAAUAACAGAAUCACAGCCAAAGAUGCGGACGUUAAUGAAAAUGCCAUUUUUACAUACAAUUUACUCGGCGAUGGUAAUGAACUAUUCGACGUUGAAGAAGAGACAGGAAUUGUUUCUUUCGUAGGAAGUUCUUUAGAUCGCGAAGAAAAAGAUUCCUAUUCAUUAAGAAUUGUGGCUCGUGAUAAUGGAAACCUGAAAUCAGAAGCAAAGCUUUUAAUAAACAUUUUAGACGUAAAUGAUAACGCUCCCAAGUUUCAUGAAAUAAUUAUACCUUUAGGUGAAAAUAUUGAUUUCUCAGAAAAUUACGAAAAAAGUUCCAUUAAUGUUUACCGGGAAACUAUUAGUAAUUCUUCAGGAAAACUAAUAAAAUUAAAGGCUAAACCUAAGAACAAAUUUUCUGUGACAGCAGAUUCCCCUUUGUUUACUAUCCCAGAAAACAUAGCAAUUGGGACUGCAGUUUUAAAGUUAGGUGCAGUAGAUUUAGAUGUUGGUGUAAACGGUCAACUUAGAUACGAAUUUGUGUCAGAAAUAUUUACACCGCCGUAUGCUCUUCCUGCUAAUGCCCUACAAGUAAAAAGAUAUUUUGUAAUCAACGAAAAAUAUGGUCAAAUAAUAGCAGCCCGAACCUUGCCACCUGAAUCAGAAUUCCGCCUUAAUAUUUCAGUAGUAGAUGGUGGAAAUCUUAGUGAUCAUAUAGUUCUUAGAAUAUUUAUUAAAGACAUUAAUGACCAUUUUCCCAUGUUUAAAAAAUCAUGGUACAGUUUUAACGUUGAAGAAGCUCAAUAUAAUAGAAGAGUUCUAGGUAAAGUAGAUGCCACUGAUGCAGAUUUUGGUCAAAAUGCUAAUUUGACUUAUCAUAUCCAAUCAUCAGGCAAAGAUUUCCCAUUUGAAAUAGCUCCACUAAGUGGAGUUUUUAGUGUCAACGGAGUGCUCGACAGAGAGAAGGAAGACAAAUAUAUUUUAACAGUGGUAGCUAAAGAUAAUGGGCAUGAUAAAAAGCUAUCAUCUUCAGUUAGUGUAGAAGUCGAGGUGUUGGACGUCAAUGACAACACACCAAAAUUUUUUGCAUACGAUGAAGUGCUUGAAUGGAAACAUCCAGAAGCAGAUGAAUUACCAAAUCAUAAUUUUGAAUCGGUAAUGAUGAUUCCCAUAUACAAAGCUGCUUUAGAUGAAAAUGCACCUAUUGGAACAACAGUUACAAGAGUUUACGCAAAUGAUUCUGAUUUCAUUGGAAACGGCAAUGGUUUAAUAUUGUAUAGUUUACCACAAAGAAAAAAUCAGCCUAAUUUAUUUAACAUUGACUCUAAAGAAGGUAUAUUAACGACGACUGGGAGACUUGACUACGAAAGUCAAAAAAUACAUAACAUAACGGUCGUGGCUUCCGAUUUGGGGUCACCUAGCUUGAGCUCAACUGCUAUUGUAAUGUUAACUGUAAAAGAUGUUCCAGAUGAAAUAGAGGUGUAUGAUAAGCCAGUUUUUAUAUCGCGGUACUAUGAAUUGGAAAUCGAUGAAAACGUUCACACACCUGUAGAACUUCUCACCCUUAACCUGACUGAGUAUUACGAAAAUAAUAAAAUGAGGUAUUUCAUCCUAAAUGAAAACGACACAGAUGUUAAAAGAACUUUUGUUAUAGACCCCAGAAAUGGUACCUUAUACUUAAUCAGAAGUCCUGACCGUGAAGCAAAAGAUAUGUAUGAAAUUAUAGUCAGAGCGGAAAGACAAAAAGUAAGCAGGGAACUGCCACACAUGAUUUACCCAGUAUCAGAUGAAGUUCUCGAAGGAAUGACAAAGUUCGACGUUAAAAUCGUAGUAAGAAUAAAGGACGUUAAUGAUAAUGCUCCUAAAUUUAUAAACGGCGGGCGUCCCAUGGUAACGGCUAUCCCUACUACAGCUUCAUAUGGCUACGAAGUAAUUCAGCUGCAGGCUGUCGACGCUGACGUGGGAAUUAACGCGGACAUUCGGUAUCAAGUGAUCAACACCGAGAGUUCGAGAUUCACUGUAGAUGCAGUGACCGGUCGAGUACGGGCAUCGGGUACAUUUUUGAGGGAUGCCGGUCGCGUUAUUGGCUUUGAUGUAAAAGCAGCAGACCGCCGGGGCGCUGACGAUGGCCGUUCAGCCAUUGCAAAUGUUUUUGUGUAUAUCCUAGAUGAAAACAAACAACUAGUUAUUGUACUCGGAGCGAAACCGACGGAAGUCGAAAAGGAAUUGGAUAACAUAACUCGAUAUCUGUCCAAUGCUACUGGAUUCGAUAUUCGCGUUAGACGAAUAGAAUCCAGUUCCAAAUCAACUAUGGAUGGAUAUGCGACCGACUUGUACAUUUAUGCAGUUGACCAAAUAUCUAAUGCAAUUAUCGAUAUGGAGACUUUACAAAAGUCACUAACGAAACGUGAGCUGUCCUUGCGCCAAGAUUUGGUUGGAUUUAAGGUUUUGGAAGUCGGCGACACUGCUAUGGUACAGGCGCGCAGCGGCCAAUCUUUGAGUACUAUAGAAAUAAGCAUUGUUGCUCUUGGAUGUCUCGUUUUCGUUGGAGCUUGUACCACAGCAAUAUGUAUACUAUGUGUUCGGAAAACCAGAAGACAUCGUCACAAACCAUUUUCCCAACAACGUCUUAACGCUUUCUCCACUGAGCACCUUACUAAAUAUGGAGGUCUCUUUCCGUCGGGAAGCAACCAGUGCCAGGAACUGAAUCAGUCCUACAGCGAGGCGGACUCGUACAUAGACGUCAUUAACUCGAGCACGUUGAAAAACACCUGCCCCCAUGGGAAUACAAUCGAGGAAUUCGGAAAAGCGCAUCAGAAAUGCAUAAAGAGUCAAUUCGCUGACAUAAACGCCUCGGAGAAACACGAGAGAAUGUGUAUAAAGUUCAACCAGCGACCUCUGCAAAAAAGGAGGGGUCAAGACACAUCAAUAACGUCCGUGAAUUCCAGUGGACAGGACUCGGGCAUCGCCGAGGCCGCUCGCUGCGCCUGCGGACAGUCCAGCGCUCAUACCUCGGAGGAGAGUAGCGGGUGCAGCUACGAAGAUUCACUAAAAUCGAAGAAAAAGAAACGUGCGGAACAGGAGCAGAAGUUUAUCAGAAGGGCGUCGUUCAACAACCAGCCCUUCACGAACAGAAGGUACAGUCACCGCCGGCAAUCCUUCUCCGAGAAUAUCCAGCGACACUUUCCCUCGUUCGAGAGGAUCGGGUCCGGGGGCAGGCUGGCCAAGCACAUCUCGACACCCAACGUGUCGCAAUCCUACUUCCUGAACGGGAAGAACUACAGAAGGAAGGAAAUGAACGAGCCGACCGUAGAUUACGAUCACAGCGAGGUGGAGGACGCGUUCGACACGAGGUUGGACCGGCGCCUGAGCUCGAAACACCGGAAGAGGGGCAGCUUCGUUGAGAUAUCGGGACAGCCGACGGUAUUCGUGGCGACACCGGCCGCCGCGGAGAUGAUGCGGCGGCAGGGGAGCGACAGGCUACUGUUCGCCAGACCGUUAUAGCAGUAGAAUCUACUGAUGCCAUGUCACGUAAUACUUAAGAUCCGAGGGUCGAGCUCGAUUUUUUGCAAGUUUAUUAAAAAAUACAUAUGGUGUUAGCUGUAGAGAUUCGACUGAGACGUUGGUUGUUUACUGAGGACUCUGUUGGUGAUAAUGUUGCGACGGUAGCUUUACUACGCCAAAGACUCUGAUCUUCGGCAAUCGAGGUGUUAUAUCUGACGAUGUUGUUUAUCCUCUCCAGUACCUCUUACUUCCUGUGUAAAUAUAUCUAAUAUUAUCUAGCAUAAAUUUUACGUGUGAAAUGGGCAAGAGCGUUAGAUUAGAUGAUAGAGAAAGGUGAGUAUGUUUCAGUUGAAUGAUUUAGAAAAUGUGUAAAUAUAGCAUAACAAAUUAUGAUGGUUCGAGUUUUGUAAAUUGUUAUAAUAGAAUGUCUCCAUCAGAUUAAGUUGCAAACUUUAAUAUAAUGUGAUUAUUUCUACAAAGAUAAUGUAAAUAGAAUUAACGGUGUAGUUGUAAAUUUUCCACUUUCGAACCUAAUAAUACUCUGUUAGGGUCUAGUUUCGAGUGCCAUCUGGAAGUCUUCUGGAAUUCGUUUACCACCUCUUGUUAUUGUGUAUCAUAUUUAGAUGUUAUUUUUAAUUUAAUACAAAUUAUUUUGAUAGA